GUUGUCUCUGCUUGUUGCUUUGGUUCUGUGCUCUGGUUUCGUUGUCGUCGAUUUUGCAUGAAAUUUGUUUAUUGGGAAAUAAAAGUUAUGAAAUUAUGAAUAUAAACGUAUUUUGAAAUGUACGUAACUGAGUAUUCCGCGUUUCCCACAGCAAAAAAAUAGUUCGUUUUUUUUUUAUUACGAGUCAUUUCCAUGCAAAAAAUGCCUAAAAUUCAAUUUACUGAAAAGAUUAUUAUGCAUUCUAUUAAGAGAACCAUUAAAAAAAGAAAAAAGGGUAAUCUUAAAGCUACAGUGAAGAAAAUGAUGGUCAUGAUGAACCCAUCCCAAGAUCAGCCAUCUUCAUCUUCAGAUUCCUCCGCUAACCCAAAUAUUCACAAUUUAAAUGAUUUCCUGAGUAGUGGUCGUACAGGGCGAAGAAACGCUCUACCUGACAUACUUAGUGAUCAUUCACUAGUAACAAGUUCAGAAUUACCCUCCCAAUUAGAAGGUUUAUCAACUAAAGAUAAUGAAUUCGAUCCUAAUAAUCCAAGCACAAGCAAACAAACUGAAAGCAUGCGAUAACUGUCACUUACACUUAUUCAGCCAAACAUGUAAAUUUGAUACAAUACGUAAGUACAAAGUUUAUUGUACAGCUGUUUGUUUGGAAAAUAUAAGACCUUCGAUGUCUCAUGUGAUUGUUUUCACAUAGAUUUACCAUGAAGUUUCAGCUUUAAUUUUGCUUGUUCAUUUUUGUACUUUUAUUAAGAGUUACUAUUUUCUGAAGUUAAAAAUUAUAUUUAUUAUUUUUUUUAUUGGGUAUGUUGUUUCAAUAUUGUGAUAGAAAUAGUUGUUAGGUUUCUCUAUUCAGUAUAAUCUGUAAAAUGUGAUUAAUCAUAUCCAGUGUUAUGUGAUAUAAGAUUGAUCUUAGAUCAACGAAGAAUCUCAGUCUGCUAUUUAUUUAUUAUAGUAUCCUCUUUCAUUACUCUGUGCUAAAUCUUCAUUGUGGGAAUUUGUUUUGGGCGAUUUAAUGGUAUUUUUUAGAAUCAGUUUUCAAAAAAGUGCAGUCCUCCUUUGCUGAUGUGGUUAUGAGUGGUGCACUGGCUUGGUGUGCCCCCAAUUAGUGUCUGGAAAGCACUAAUCAAGAUAAGUGUGUCUUGUGCUUUUCAUUCAGAAAAAUACUAUUGCUUUUAUAAUGCCUAUUGAGAUAUUCAAACAUGACACACCGCCCACAAAAAAUACCAAGUUCCCAUAUAGCCUUGUAUUAUUUAUUUUAUUUAUUCAUAAGUUCCUUUGAAUGGAAAAUAUUUCGGCCUACAAAAUCAAUUCACAGAAUAGUUGGAGAUGCUUUUACUUAGUGAUUUUGCCCAGUGGUAUUAAGGCUAGUCAAUUUUGUGAAAGUGAAAACAGAAAUUGUCAAUGAAUACUGUAAUUUGUAUAGCCACAAUAAAUACAAAAUUAUUGCAA